ACGUCAGCAUGCUCCGGUUAAAGGAGAAGCCCCCGCGAAAUCCUCCACACACAGAGAUGAGGAGGAGCUGGGGAUGGCGCCGGCCGAAACGCUGACGGUCUUCCUGAAGCUGCUGGCCGCCGGCUUCUACGGCGUGAGCUCCUUCCUCAUCGUGGUGGUCAACAAGAGCGUGCUCACCAACUACAGAUUUCCGUCCUCGCUAUGUGUUGGACUUGGCCAGAUGGUGGCCACGGUAGCAGUUCUCUGGGUGGGAAAGGCACUCAGGGUAGUGAAGUUUCCUGACUUUGACAGAAAUGUACCUCGAAAGACCUUUCCACUACCUCUACUAUAUUUUGGGAACCAAAUCACCGGACUGUUCAGCACAAAGAAACUGAACUUGCCCAUGUUUACAGUUCUGAGACGGUUCUCCAUUCUGUUUACAAUGUUUGCUGAAGGAGCUCUACUCAAGAAGACUUUCUCCUGGGGUAUUAAGAUGACUGUGUUUGCAAUGAUUAUCGGAGCAUUUGUAGCUGCCAGCUCUGACUUGGCAUUUGAUCUGGAAGGAUAUGUUUUUAUUUUGAUCAAUGAUGUUCUGACAGCAGCAAAUGGUGCAUAUGUGAAGCAGAAGUUAGAUUCAAAAGAGCUGGGAAAGUAUGGUCUGCUCUAUUACAAUGCACUGUUCAUGAUUCUUCCUACCCUGGCCAUUGCAUAUUUCACAGGAGAUGCACAAAAGGCUAUGGAGUUUGAGGGCUGGACGGACACCCUGUUCCUUCUGCAGUUCACCCUCUCCUGUGUGAUGGGGUUUAUCUUGAUGUAUGCUACAGUACUCUGCACUCAGUAUAAUUCUGCUCUUACCACAACAAUAGUUGGCUGCAUUAAGAAUAUAUUAAUAACUUAUAUUGGAAUGGUCUUUGGUGGAGAUUAUAUUUUCACAUGGACAAAUUUUAUUGGCCUAAAUAUCAGUAUUGCUGGAAGCCUGGUGUAUUCUUACAUCACUUUCACCGAAGAGCAGCUGAGCAAGCAGUCAGAGGGCAAUAACAAGCUGGACACUAAGGGGAAAGGAGCCGUAUGACCUGAUGGCCCCUGCUCGUGUACCCUGAAGACACUGAGGCGUCCUGACUUGGGACUAAUAUUCCUUUGCAAUUGUAUGACUCUAGGAUUGAUUGUUGCCUUUGAAAAUUUUUUGACCGUAUGUUAACUAUGUUUAAAUUAAUUUAUAUCAGACUGGAAAAUGUACUGGGUGGGUUUUAAUUUAUUUUUUGUCUCGGAUAGUGAAGCAUCAGUGUUUUGGAAUCUUCUACCCUGUAGUUUGCUAUCCGGGUGACCCUGGCAGUGUAUACAAUGUGUUCCAGCUAGAGCUGCCUUCCAGUGGGCUGUCUCCAGAGGCAAUUUAGCUGGGAAUGCAGCUGAGAUCUGAACUUUCUUCUUUUUUAAUUGCAUUAUCUCCAUAGUAUCAUUACAUUUGCCAAAGAUAACAGCUUUGGCACUAAAAACCCCACGAGGCUCUGAAGGAUUUUGCUUUCCUGGAUUGUGUGGGGUGAGCAGAGCGUGCCUUGGAAUGUCUGAUUCCUCUUUGUUCAGUAGGAGACAAGCAUGGGCUGGAGGAAGCUGGCCAUCUCUCAGUUCUUCACUCAACAGUCAUGCAGUGAACAUAGCUGUUGGGCCUUGUGCUGAGUGCAGGGAUGCGGAGAUGGUUGUGAAGCUCUCUCCUGCCAUGGACUGAAUGUAAGAUGGAGAACUUGAUUCUCUGUUCAGCUAGGAAAUUCUGGGACUGUGGGCCGGGCUCUUCAGCCCUCUGGAACUGCAGGCCUGUGAGGUUGGAAGCACCUGCCCUGCCCAUUCUCCCGAGAUCAGAGCCCACAGUGAGACACUGAAGAGCUACACUCUGAAUGCAGCAAUGGCCCAGCCUCCCACUUCUCUGAGAGGGACAGAUAGUCAAGGUGGCUGCCGUCUCUCCCCAUGCCUUCAUCAUGUGGGUAUGGUUGGCACUCUUUGGGUUCCUGUGUGCAAGUCCUCAUCACAGGCCCAAGGCCCAUGCUUCGGAACCGGCUGGUCUGAGGGAAGAGCUGGCCAGACAUCUUUGUAUUGUUGGGACUUGAUCUCUUUUGGGCAAAGUCUCUCCCUCCUUAAAUGCCAGAGCUGGGUGGCAUGGCUCAGAGACCUCCCUGCUGUGGAGGAGGCUGCGUUUGCCUGGUCAGCAGAGUAGAUGGCCUCUGCUCCCUUCAUGGGCAGCUGACUGGAUGCUGCAGGCUCAAACAGUUUGGAUUUUUGUGUCUCAUUGGGGGAAUACGAGAGUUUUGAUUUUUUUUCACCUCUAUUUGAAUAUUUCAUCUGUAGGCUCCGCCUUGAAUAUAAAUUUUAUAAGAAAGCACAUUUGAAAGUUCUCUGCAGUAUUAUAUCAGGAAUCUGUGGAAGGUUUUGGUCCGUAGAGCUGAGGCAGGGUCUCUACAGAGUGUUAAUGUUUCUCUCUGCUGGUCAGUUCCCAGGCACACUGAGGGCUUUGGGCCUGGGCCCCUUUGCUUUCCUUAUUAGGGGCUCUUUAGUGAGAGAAGACUUCAUGACCAGCAAAUGGACAAAUAAAUAGGACAUAGUCUGGCACUCUCCAGUGUUUAGUUGUUCAGCCAGGGGUCUGCCCUUAGUUGAAAGGACACAAAUGAAAGAACUCAGUGAUUUGUAAAUAAGGCCUACCUGCACAGUUUUGGGGACACUGAUUGUAGGCCCACCCCCAAAGAACAGUGUUUCCAUUUCAGAGGACUUGGUCCUCAGAUCAUCAUGUAGCUCAGAUGAGCCACGCAGCUCUUAGAACUGCCUACCCUGAGCCCUCCCAUGACCUGGACGCCCUUUCUUCCCACAUCUGUGCAGUGCUGGUUUCUCCCAUGAACAGGCUGUGAUGGAGUUUUUUCUUCCCUGGGGAGACACACUGAGAGUGAGUGUGGUUCCCAUUACAUAUGGCACACAGCAGACGUAGGGCUGGCAUCCUUUCAUGGAGGACUGCGUUCAUGCAGUGCCCGUGACUUAGCGUGAUAUGUUUCCCGAGAAGCACAAGCCUGUGCCUCCUUGCCUCCAGAUGCUUAGGCGACAGUCUUUGUCCGCUAUCUUUUUGAAAACACAAGACAAAAUAUUCUCUCAUAGCCUCUGUGAUUCUGCUUUUUAAAAAGAAAAGUAUUUUCAUAUUAUGAUGGCAAAUUUGAAAAAGCGAAAACGGUCUUCUCUCUCCGUGGGAGACAGUUGCAUUUCAGAGUGGUGGUUCAGUGAAGACUCGGCUGUCACCCUAAGGUAGCUUCCAGGCCUUCCUCCCUCACCUCAGCACUAAACACACUUGGACUGGCUUCCUCAGCCGCUGGGCGGCUCUCAGUAGUCCGCGAUGCUGUCACCUUUCUGAGCCUGCCGUCUUUUCCUGCUGUCCACAGUUCACCUUGUGGAACGAGGAGAGACUCUAGUGUUUUGUUUUUUAAACUUUAUUUUGAAAAUAUUUUUUAAAAAGAAAUCUACUGGUUAGAUUUUAUUGUCACAGAAAUGUUCUUAGAGAUUAUUUUGUUCACAGAUGUCCCCUUUCUCGGGCUGACGACCGACUUGCCCACAUGUCCAUCUCCGACAAUGUUUCUUCAAUAUAGAUUUUAUUUACCAAUAUACUUAGUGUUUUUAAGAGGUACUGAGCAUUGAGGUAUGUAAAUCAGGUGACAGAAGCAUGACAAAUCAUGUGCCUAACUAUUUUUUUAAUGAUGUCAAAUAAAUACUUUUUCUGGAAAAA